AUGCUGCUGCUGCUGCUGCUGCAGCAGCAGCAGCAAGACAAACAACAGCAGCAGCAGCAGCAGCAGGAGCAGCAGCAGCAGCAUCAACACCAGCAGCAGCAGAAGGACCAGCAGCAGGAGCACCAAAACCAGCAGCAGCAGCAGCAGCAGGAGCAUCAACACCACCAGCAGCAGCAGCAGCACCAGCAGCAGCAGAAGGAACACCAGCAGGAGCAGCAGCAGAAGGAGCAGCAGCAGCAGCAGCAGCAGCAGCAGCAGCAGCAGCAGCGCAUGCAUAUCCUUUAUUUUUAUUAG